AUGAUACCUGGUGAUGUAGAAUGGCUUUCUCUCCAAUUUGCCAACUUGGCAUCCUUGCCAGCGCCAGUACAACGGCCUAUGAAAGCGAAAAAAAAGGUUACAACUGCUACUGAGCGGCUUUAUGAUAUCGAGGAAAAGUCUUGGGAACAGUUCAGAUCAAAUCUCGAGAAACCCGGGGACCCAGAAAUCCGCCCUGAGCUGUCGGUGCUUCAGCUCUACUUCAAAUGGUUUGCUAUAACGCAUAAAGGAAAACUAGGUCCUAGACCAAGCAUAAGCACCUUGGUAUGGAGGGUUGGCAGAUUCUCAUACAUGUAUGCGGAUCGCCAUGGCAUAGACAUUCCCGACGACGUGAAGGAUGGCGUUGUUCAAUACAUUCAAAAUGAUUUAGCGGCUGAACUGCACCUGACGUCUAAAACAUAUGACAAGAAUUUUGCAACGGAUGAAGACGUUUCCGAGAUGCUGAAAUACCUCUGGACUGAAGAUACACAUUGCUAUCUCAAUGAACGCAUGCGAGUGCAAGGGGCUUUUUUUAAAGCCUUCUUGAGAGCUACAGCAUCAAGACCUGGCGCUUUUACACGCUCUGAGUGCUACCGUGAUAGUAACAUUGCCUUGUGCUACAAAGAUGUAGAGGUGUGGGCCAUUCGAAAGAAGCAGGGUGGUGUACGUUACAGGCUCGAUGUGACAUUUCAUAAUAUGAAAGGUGCACGGCUAGAUCCCUCAAAAUUUCUGACACUAACCAUCGAGGAAAAAUACUUGGAAGAUCUAGGGUCAUCAGUUGUGUUUCUGUUCUUAGUACUUGGGUGGAUGGAUCGAGCAUUCGAGAAUAUCACGAGCUUGCACCAACUAUUCCAUCUCGAAGGCUUCAUCCCGGAUGGCGCGAGCGCCAUCCGCCUUCCAGUUGCAGCUGCAGCUCGUACUCAGCCCAUUCUCCGCAGGAUGGAGAAGCGCGGAAGUAAGCGCAUAUCAAAGACUCUGGCUUGGUCAUCAGGGUCAGCACUGCAACAACUAAAGAGAGUCUGCGAAGCGGGUGGCUGGCCCCAGAGGAUGACCGCAUAUAAUGUGCGUCGAGGGGGAUUAAACAAACUAGACGGGGAUCCAAAUACAUCAUCUGCACAGAGAAAUCAAAUUGCGGGCCAAGGCAAUUCCGCGGUCUUUACUAGGGCGUAUCUGUCACGUCACUCGGCUGUGAAGAUUUUUAAAGGUCGAGCAACGCAUGUCAAAAAUGAAGACGACGAUGAUGAUGAUGACGACGUACGAGGUAUGCGACUCUUGAGAGACCGGAGCGCACCUCAAACUUUACCAGACCACCUCUGGGAACAGAUCAUGCAGGCAGACAGAGAUUUGAAAACCAUCGAUGAGAAUCGACAACUCGUUCGACAACUCCUUCGCCGAGAAUUAGCUUUGCUAGGUGCUGAUCGUUCCUCAACCAACGUAACAGCUCUUGAAAGGGAGCUUUAUAACUCCAGCAGAAAGUUCCAUCAGCGAAAACAGAACCUGAAAAGGCAAGAGUACCUCAAGUUUAGGGCUGAAUGGUUUAAAUCGCGAGCCUCGAAAAUUCUCGCGUCCUCGAACGAAUCGCAGUUACAGAAACCGAUUACGGCCACUGAAUUCUCCCCAGCUAGGAAGGCUGUCAUAGAGGCGUUGUACCCAGCGGAUCCUAGCAAACUCUCAAUGUUCUCUGCCGCAAAGGCACUCAUCUUCUUUGUCGAAACCUCGGAUGGAGUACGUGCUAGUAUUGCUAGUGAAAGGAAGAGGCGGCUUGAUCCUGCCAUUUUACCAGGCAAGAAGAGGAGGCAGGGAGACUCGAUUACCUUUAUCGCCUGCUCGCCGACGAUUUAGGUCGUAGAAUCUAAUUUAAAUGGCGACAGUCAUUUGCUGUCACAUAUUUGCUAUACGGGAUAGGGAUUUCUUUCGGGGCACAAUUGGCAGUUGUUAAGCAGGGCAGCUAUUUAUUUCCGUACCACGUAUCCUAAUGUCAUCCUAUUUAACG